AUGCAUUUUGAGCACAUGGCAAGGAAAAUUUCCAAUUAUCAGUUGAACAUCCAUUGCCAUGAAAAGUCGGAGGAGAAAACGAUGGCUAGAGAUGUGGAAUUUUUGAAAAGGAUAAUUCAUCGCCAUUGUCUUAUAUUGGAAUUAUCGGAACGUAUCAAUGACAUAUUUGGAAUAUCUUUAUUUGUAAAUAUCUCUACCUCGGUUAUGGUGAUCUGCUUUUUGGGUUUUCAAAUGUCAAUUGGUGCAUCCGCAUUGAAUUUGCUGAAAUUGAUUUCCUUUUUAAUUCUUAUGCUGACGCAGGGCUUUCUAAUUUGCCAUUAUGGACAGCAGUUGACAGAUGCGAAAAAAAGGAAGACACCUCAGAUACUGAUACCAAUAUCUCGAGGAACAAUGACACAGGUGAUACAAGCAUCUUACAAAUUUUUUACCUUACUCAAGACAGUAUAUGUGAAAUGA